AUGUCCGUAUGGAGCGUUGUUCAGGAUAUGCCUUUAGAUCUAAGCUGCCGUAGAUCUGAGGGGAAACUAAGCUUGAUUAGUCCUUCGAAGUAUCAAAGGUGUUUGCCAUGUCAGACGUGUGGUAAGAAUUUUGACAGGCCAUCCUUGUUAAAGAGACAUUUACGGACUCACACAGGUGAAAAGCCGCAUGGUUGUACCGUGUGCGGGAAAAUGUUUAGUACUAGUAGUUCUUUGAACACACACGUCAGAAUUCACACCGGAGAACGACCACACGAGUGUCCCAUUUGUGGGAAACGAUUCACCGCUUCUUCGAACUUAUAUUACCAUCGAAUGACCCAUUACAAGGAAAAACCGCAUAAAUGCAACGAAUGUGGUCGCUCUUUUCCAACGCCUGGUGAUUUAAGAGCCCACGGAUAUUCCCAUACCGGAAAUUGGCCGAUGCGAUGCCCGGUCUGCAAUCGUGGAUUCUGUAAACCAACUGCUCUGCAUCAUCACAUGCAGUUACACAAUGGAGAACGUGCUCAUCGUUGUAACAUGUGUAAAACACAGUUCUCUAUGAUUACUAGUUUGCGAUCUCAUGAACAGUCUCAUGAUUUGAACACGACACUACGUAGCAUCGUGAACUGUGCAGAUAUGGAUAGUAACACAGCAACUAUGGGUGGAAUUACGUUUGACGAUGCGAACAGGACUUACCUGCAAUUCCCUACGGCCUAUUCAAGAGCAUCUUGGAUACCCUCCCAGUAUACCAAAUAA